GCCAAGUAUUCCGCGCAACUUAGGACGCGCGGUUUGCGCGGGCAAGUAGACUUGGGAAAUUCCCCGGGGAAGUUUAUUUUGUCUUGCUGUCAGAAACUCGUCAGAAUAGCGGAAUAGCUAUUGGGAUGUUUAAUAUGUUUUGUGCAGCAUUGUGGACCAAUUUAAGGAAUUCAACAUUAUUCAGCUAAGGAUAUCUUCGAGACAUACUCAUCAAUCAGCCGCUGACAAUCAAUUUAACAUGCACACCUAUGGGAAAAUCGGGUGCUGUAGUUUUGCGGUAGCUGGGAUUCUGCAUCUUUGCACCACAGUUUUUAUUUGUCUUUACCUACACCCAGUUGAAGUUGCUCAUCAAGAAGAAAAACACACAAUAGGAUUGCAUUAUAUUACAGUCAGUUCAUUUGUCUUGCUAGCAGUCAGUUGUCUAAUAUCUCGACUGUUGUUUCAAGAACAACAUUACCAAAUUGUUUGGAGAUCAUUAUUACUUGGAAUUGGUCAAGCAUUUGGAAUAACAAUUGCAUUAUGUUGUAGUGCAAACUAUACCUCUCUUGGAUGGUACAUCUUGAUUAUGUCCUUUUUCCAUUUCUCUGAGUUUGUUGUCACCUCAGUAAUCAGGCCCCAAAAUUUAAGUUUGGAAAGCUUCUUGCUCAAUCAUAGUAAAGCAUAUGGUAUUGCAGCAUUAAUAUCUUGGAUUGAAUAUUGGACUGAGUUUUGGCUGUUCCCAGGCUUUAAAAAUGCUUACUGGAUAAGUAUGCUAGGUCUCCUUCUUUGUAUUGGAGGAGAAGUUUUAAGGAAGACUGCAAUGCUGACAGCCUUUCACAACUUUGAUCAUCUGAUCAGAACUCGCCGAGAAGAACAACAUCAACUUGUUACUACUGGAAUUUACAGCCUAUGCCGUCAUCCAAGCUAUGUCGGUUGGUUUUAUUGGUCCAUCGGUACGCAAAUCAUUUUGUGUAAUCCUCUGUGUGCCGUUGCUUAUACGUUUGCAUCAUGGAAAUUUUUCCAUGAACGUGUGUUUGAAGAAGAAGUAACUCUUCUCCACUUCUUUGGUCGUGAUUAUGUUGCGUAUCAGUCAAAAGUGCCUACUGGUUUACCAUUCAUUCACGGUUACAAUAUGUAAUAAGUCAUACUCCCCUGCUGAAGACUCGUAGUUCAAUUUCACUUCCAGCUGCAAUACGAGUAAUGAAUUGUACAUUUUUGCUGUCUAUGACCUAAAUGGUUAGUAUUAGGUUAAUAAAAAGUGUGGUGUGAUGGUAAAACUUGAGAAUAACACUUGUAAAGAAAAAAAAAAACUUAUGAAAAAGUUGAUUUCCUCUUGUUUAACGUUAUGAUCGAGUCAU